GUUUACUUUGCCUUCCCGAGAGAGAGAGAUAAGGUUUCGCAUCUCUCAACUCUUUCUUCCUCUCUCUCUCUCCCCCUCUCUCUCUAGCCGCCGUCAAUGCUUCGGUUUCGAUUCUCCUCUUCCUCUUGACUUCUUCUCUUUUCGCUGCAAGAGAAAAAGUGUAAGAAAUCGAAGCUUGAGUGAGGUCAACGACAUCCCUCCCCUUUAAUCUCAUGGACCCAGCUCUCUCACCGCCGUCGGAAACCGCCGCUGUAACCAGCGGUGUUGCUACGGGAGAGAACGGAAUUGCAGUAGAUCCUUUUCUCGUCGAGGCUUUGCAGAACCCUCGCCAUCGUCUCACCAUAUUGCGGAUGGAGCUUGAUGUUCAGCGCUUCUUACAGAGCCCUGAGCAGCAGCAGUUCGAGUUCCAGCGGUUUCCUACUUCCUAUCUCCGCCUUGCAGCUCACCGCGUUGCUAACCACUACGGACUAGCUACAUCGGUUCAAGAAAUGGGUGUUGAUGGCAGCGAGAACGUAAUCCUCGUGACCAAAACUUCGUCGCCGGCGGCGAGCAGGUUUCCUUCUGUUGUUAGGCUGUCUGAUAUCCCCGCCGCGGCUAAGCAGCAGUCAGAGAAUGUUAAGUUCGAGCACAUGAAAGUUUCAAUCAAGACUCGGCCUUCUAAAGGGUCUGGAUACGAAGGUGGGGAAGUGGAGAAGAGACGUGGUCCUCUCAGGAGUGUGGAAGAGAGGAAAGAAGACUAUGACAGGGCUCGAGCAAGGAUAUUCAAUGGUCUCACGGGCUUCACUGGUGAUGAAUCUGAAUCUGAAACUCAGGUUUAUGAGAGGAGAGAUGACAGUCAGGCAUCUAAGAGCUUAAGCGUGAGGGAGACCGGUCCAACAUCUCGUGUUGCGAUUCUUAGAGACAGUGAGAAAGAUCGUUUUGAUCCUGAUUAUGACCGCAACUACAAAAGGUACAUUAGGAGCCUUCCGGUUAAUCAGAGUUUCAAUGUACCACCACCCUUCAACAUGAUGCAGCAACCAUACUACCAAAUGGGAUUUACCGGAUACAACCACACUCCUGCUGCUUCUCUCAGCUUUGGACCACCUGCAAGCGGCGCUAUCAUGAGUCCUUAUGGCACUACAGUUGUACACCAGCCUUCAACGGAUGCAAUGUAUAUGCAGUGGCCUAUGAUGUAUGCUCAUUCAUAUGAGCAGCUCAGAAAUGCCUCUCUUCAGGCACAGUUCUGUCAGCAACCCUUGAGCUUCGAGUACAUGCAGAACCGCUAGGCUUGAAGUCCUCAAGUCAAUCUUUAUCUCUGUUUACCUGCUUUUUUAUAUAAAACUUAUUAUUGUUGUUAUGGAAAUUUUUGUAACGUCGGAAGGAAGAAGAUAAUCCUUUUAUUUUCUCCUAACCUUAUCAGUGAACUGCUAGUUUUAUGGGUCAAA